AUGACCACAGACCGACGGUGCUCCUUCAAUGGUAGCACAGCGGAAGAAGACUCAGAUUUAAACGGCGAAGAUGAUGCUGGAGAAUCUUCCCGCCUGGUUCCGAGUUCCAGUCCCAUAUCCAGAGUCCUGAGACGUUUCCCUCGCUUUCUUCACCGCUCAUCUGCCGCCCAUGGCUGCGCGGUUGGUCACCACAACCGGGACUUCUCUCGUUACUCCGACUCUCGUGGAGUGAAGCGCAACUGUUUCUCUCAAGCAGUAGUCGAGAUCUUUGCGACUGUCCGAGCCAUCCUGGGAUAUUCAUGGCUUAACAGCCUCCUGGUUUUCGUCCCGUUGGCCAUCGCCAGCUACUUGGCUCGAGCAAACCAUGUUCUGGUUUUCACAGCAAAUGUCAUCGCGGUAGUCCCAUUGUCGAGCUUGCUCACCUGCGCGACGGAAAACAUUGCACGAGAGUCAGGCGAUGUGGUUGGAGCCUUGCUCAACGUGACGUUCGGAAACCUGGUCGAGAUUGUGAUCUUACCGCUUCCAGUUCCUACACUAUAUCUCGCUGAUGACUCAAGUGCCGCUCUCUAUCAUAAGCAAUAUGAAGUGGUGCAAGCCUCUCUUUUGGGCUCCAUCCUCGUGAACCUCUUGCUCGUCUUGGGAUUAGCAAUCCUGGCCGGAAGUUUUUAUCAUCAAGAGCAGUCUCACAGAAUAGAGGACGCACAGGCUCUGGCCUGCCUCCUCAGUGUGUCCGUCUUCAGCUUGCUCAUACCUAGUGCCCUUGUCCACUCCUUUGACGAUCUAGAGUCUGCUAGACCAGCCGUGUUAACCUUGAGUCGAGCGUCUGCGUUGACCUUGUUGGCCAUCUAUUUACUCUACAUCUUUCUGCAGAUCAAGAACACUAUUGUCAACAGAUCACCUGUGCGCGUUGUUGGUCCAGACAGCAUGAAUGGUUCUGUACGGAUGAGUGGUGAUGCUGCUGCUUCCAGUGGAUUGUUAUUUCCGCGUUCGAUUCGGUUCCAAGAUGAGGAAGCGGCCGGAGGCUAUAAAAACACACCCCUUGUGCGGAAAGACAGCUUGGAGAUGUCUGCGUUCGAUGAUUCCGGACAAUCACAAAUGGAGUCGGACGACAUCAAUGGACACCCUAACUUCGAAAGAUCUGACGAGGAUGAAGAUGGCGACACACAGGGCCAGGAUUGGAAAACUUCGUCUGACAAGAUACGGAACCCAAGAAGCUCCAUCUAUCAAUUUCCUGCGCGUAGACAAGGACCGGAUUCCGGCAAUUCGAGUCAACGGCACAUGAGUCCUGCGGGCUUGCAGCCGUUAAGGUCGCAUCGCUCGUCCUACGCAGGUUCAACAUCCAGUCUUCCACGUCUGCUUUUGGGAAGCUCCAUCGCCAAUGUCGACAGUCCGAGUGAUAUUGUGAGGCUUGAGGACCCACCAUUGGUUAUUGGGAAACUAGCUUCCAGCUUACUCCUCGUUAUCUCGUCCUUACUUGUGGCCUUCUGCGCCGAGUUCCUUGUGAACACACUCGAUGAUAUUGUCGACUCUGGGCCAUUUUCGGAAGCAUUCAUCGGGCUCAUUAUACUCCCAGUUGCUGGAAAUUGUGCGGAGCUCAUCACUGCGACCGCGGUCGCCACUAAAGGCAAGUUCGACUUGGCCAUCGGCGUCUCUGUUGGAUCAUCCGUUCAGAUCUCUUUAUUUGUCACGCCUUUGAUCGUCAUUGCGGGCUGGGCUCUGAACAGGGACAUGACCAUGUAUUUUGGUAUCUUUGAGACUGUGGCACUUUUCGCCACAACCUUUCUGGUGAACGUGCUCAUUCUCUAUCGCAAGUCAAACUUCUUGGAAGGAAGCUUGCUCUGUGCCUGCUACUUCAUCAUUGCGGUCGGAGCAUUUCUCUUCCCCACACCAGAUCAUCGAGCUCCGCAUGAUCGUCCUCCGGACUAG